AUGGGACAACAGCAGGACAUAAACAACUUGAUACAGGGAAAAAUUGCUGUGGAUGAGGAGAAUGCCCGUUUGAAGAAUGAAUUCAGUAACUUGAACCAGAAAUUUAAAGAUAAAAGCCAAGAACUUAAGGACACUGAGGAGUGUGCACAGAAGAAGGAAGAGCAAAACAGACUGGUUAUAAAAAACCUGGAGGAGGAAAAUAAGGGUUUAAAUACAUGCUGUGCUGACCUGCUAAAUGACCUGGAGAAACUGAGGAAGCAGGAGGCACAAUGGGAAACAGAAAAAUCUGGCAACGAUGCCAGAAUAAAGAAUUUGGAAGCUGAUUUAGCUGAGGCAAGAGAACAAAUGAAAGAGCUGCGCAGUAUAUGCAGUAACUUGUCAUCUCAGUUAGCUGUGAAACAGGAAGAACUCUCCCAAAAGGAUUGUGAUGUUAUCAGAACUAAGAAGGAGUUGCAGGAGUUGCAGAAUCUUUACAGACAAAACAUUGAACAUACAGCACAGCAAACUGAGCUGAUAAAGCAGCUUCAGGCUCUCAAUACUGAUACACAAAAAGUACUGAAAGACCAAGAAGAUGCUCACACAGCUGAAACAACAUCUUAUCAAAAAGUAUGUCAUUCUGUUUUAUGA